AUGCCCCCCUUCGCUUCUAAUAAUCCCAAGCCAACCGGCCUUCGCGGCUUAGGCGUCGUGAAAGGACGGCGCCACAAAAUAGUGAGAGAUAACAUUAUGGGCGUCACCCGCCCCGCAAUUCGUCGUCUCGCUCGCCGCGGAGGGGUGUACCGCAUCAGUGCGGAGAUCUACGAAGAGACACGUAUUGUGCUGAAGAAGCGCUUAACAGAGACGAUACGCCAGGUCAUACUCAUCAUGGACUCGGGCACGAUUCCCUCGAAUGAGAGAAAGCUCGUUACGACCCGAGAUGUGAGUUCCAUGAACUUUCACAUCCCCUUUCCCUACUACGUCUUCAAGUCAUGA